AUGUGGACGUCGUGGCUUGUGGCUGCUCUGACCGUGGCGGCCGUGUGUGGUGCCCGCCAAGACACAAACACUGUCCUCCGAGUUACCAAAGAUGUGCUGAGCAAUGCCAUCUCAGGCACCCUGCAGCAGAGUGACGCCCUGCGCUCGGCCCUGAGAGAGGUGCCCAUGGGUGUCGGUGGUGUUCCCUACAAUGACUUCCACGUCCGCAACCCCCCCCCUAAGUACACCAAUGGCUACCAGCUCGGGGGGAAUUACAAGUAUGGUCACAUCGAGACCAACGACAACACAGCUCAGCUGGGGGGCAAAUACCGAUACGGUGAGAUCCUCGAGUCCGACGGCAGCGUCAGGGACCUCCGGAAUGGCGAGAAUGCGUACAGCGCCCACAGGGACCGCGGGCGGUAUAGGUCCGCGGAAGGCACGGGCACCGUGGGCCGGCUUCACCGGCGAGAGCUGCGGCCGGGAGAGAUUCCGCCCGGCGUGGCCACCGGGGCACUGGGCCCAGGUGGUUUGCUGGGCACCGGCGGCAUGCUGGCGGCGGAUGGCAUCUUGGCGGGCCAAGGGGGCCUGCUCGGCGGAGGUGGUCUCCUUGGUGACGGAGGACUUCUUGGAGGAGGAGGCGUCCUGGGCGUGCUUGGUGAGGGCGGCAUCCUCAGCACCGUGCAGGGCAUUACAGGGCUGCGCAUCGUGGAGCUGACCCUGCCCCGGGUGUCCGUGAGGCUCCUGCCGGGUGUGGGCGUCUACCUGAGUCUGUACACACGUGUGGCUAUCAAUGGGAAGAGCUUGAUCGGCUUCCUGGACAUCGCAGUGGAAGUGAACAUCACUGCCAAGGUCAGGCUGACCAUGGACCGCACAGGCUACCCGAGGCUGGUGAUUGAGCGAUGUGACACCCUCCUGGGGGGCAUCAAAGUCAAGCUGCUGCGCGGGCUUCUGCCCAACCUGGUGGACAACUUAGUGAACAGAGUCUUGGCCAACGUCCUCCCUGACUUGCUCUGCCCCAUCGUGGACGUGGUGCUGGGACUUGUCAAUGACCAGCUGGGUCUCGUGGACUCUCUGAUUCCGCUGGGGAUACUGGGAAGUGUGCAGUAUACAUUCUCCAGUCUUCCACUUGUGACUGGGGAAUUCCUGGAGUUGGACCUCAAUACUCUGGUUGGGGAGGCUGGAGGAGAACUCAUCGACUAUCCCCUGGGGCGGCCAGCUGUGAACCCCUAUAAGAAGAUGCCGGACCUGCCCCCCAUGGGCGACAACACCAACUCCCAGCUGGCCAUCUCUGCCAACUUCCUGGGCUCAGUGCUGACCCUCCUGCAGAAGCAGGGGGCACUGAACAUUGACAUCACGGAUGGCACAUUUGAGGAUCUGCCUCCACUGACCACGUCCACCCUGGGAGCCCUGAUCCCCAAGGUUUUCCAGCAGUACCCCGAAUCCCGCCCACUUGUCAUCAGGAUCCAGGUUCCAAACCCACCCACCGUGACUCUGCAGAAGGACAAUGCGAUAGUGAAAGUGUUUGCCACGGCUGAGGUCACGGUCUCGCAGCCCAAUGAUGUUGAGACCACCAUCUGCCUCAUCGAUGCGGACACAGAGCUUUUGGCCACGUUUUCCGUGGAGGGGGAUAAACUCAUGAUCGACGCUAAACUGGACAAGACCAGCCUCAACCUCAGAACCUCAAAUGUGGGCAAUUUUGAUGUUGGCCUCAUGGAGAUGCUGGUCGGGAAAAUUUUUGACCUGGCAUUUAUGCCUUCGAUGAACGCCAUGCUGGGCUCUGGUGUCCCUCUCCCCAAAAUCCUCAACAUUGACUUCAGCCAUGCAGACAUCGAUGUCUUGGAGGACCUUCUGGUGCUGAGCACCUGA